AUGGCCUCGCCUUUGGACCAGGUGAUCAAAGGCGCUCCCACACCAGAAGCCCGCGCGCCUCGAGAGCCUCGACCGGAUACCGCGCGCCCCUCAACACCAGACCCGCUAGCAAACCUCCCUUCCUCCCCGCCACAGAUCUAUCUCAACCUCUUGAUCCUCGAAACCUCGCUCAGAGCCCAGUACCUCGCCCUCCGUGAACGCCGCCGCCAAAAUACCUUCUUCCUCCUCCUUCUCGCCGCUUGGCUCGCCUACUUCGCCUAUGCGCUCUUCCUGCGCCCGCGCGAAGAUGGUCGUGGUGUCGGUGGCUCCGUCUACUGGGUGGUCGAGAUGGGAGAGAAAGUCGCCCUGCUGGGUGGGGUGGUGACUGCCCUCCUGGUCUGGGGUACGGGGCAAUGGGAACGGGGAAUUCGCUGGCCACGCCGUUGGCUGGCGGUCUCCAAUCGUGGCCUGCGAACAAUGAACACCAAGAUCAUCGUUCUUCGCGGUCCCUUUUGGCAGGAACUGCUUUCCUACUUGUCCUUCCUGUUCCCUUUCUAUCUUCCAUUCUUCCCCUCUCCAAAUGGCAACUAUCACUUCGUCGAGCAAGACAAGCGCUAUGGCAGUCGGCAGCACUACCAGUAUUACAAUGGCGACAGCGAGGCUGGGCUCAUAGAGGAGGAUCUUAGCUCCGGUGGUGACUACAUCCGUCUCCUCCUUUUACCCAAAUCCUUUUCCCCGGAGUUCCGCGAGAACUGGGACAACUACCGCACCGAUUUCUGGGAGAAGGAGAAUGAGCGUCGAGCCCAACUCCGCAUCAAGCUUCGUGAGCGAGAGAAGCAGCUUGCUCAAGCCGAUGGAUGGCUUGGGAGACUUGGGCUGGGCUGGCGCGCUUCACAACGCCGCCGUCUAGUUGCCGCGACUAUGAACCGACCCAUCGAGCCCGAGUUCAAGCAGCGUCUCGCCCACGGUCACCAUCCGUCUAUAUCUAAGGAACGUGUUCCAUCGCGCCGCCAUACACGAUCCGAGUCCCACUCCCGUACUUCAUCUCGCAGUACCACGCCCGUCGAAAUUGAUGACCGACCACCUUCGCGCUCAUCGACGUCGAGCCGGCCCCGGCGGGGAAGUACCGCGUCUGGGCAGGAAACGCCGCAGCAGCGGAAGCGGAAGGGGUCGACGUUGAGGCGGGGUCUCUCUCCUCUGACGCAGGCGCAAAUCCGGGAAGGAGUGCGUACGCCUUCGUUCUCAUCUGAUGAUUCUAUUCUACCCAUGGGGAUCAGUGAGAAGGACAGGGAAGAAAGCCUGACUUCUGUUCCACAAAUGUAA